ACAGUAACCCGAGAGUGUGUCGGGCGGGAGACGCAACUCGAGGGAGGGAGGGAGCAGAGAUGCGUGUGUGUGUUUGGGGGCGAAGGGGGACUUGAAAGCGCGAGAUGGGAGAUCUCAAAGUUUUCUAGAGGGCGGCCCACAUGGUGCUUUUGAAUCCCUUUAGCCGAGCCUCAUGACAAAAGCUCACAGUAGUUCAGGUUCAUUCACGUCGGCUCACACGCGUGCAACUGGCUCACGAGCAGAGGCGUCCCUCACAUUGACUCACUGCUCUGUGGUCUCAUGGUGGACUUUUGACCUGACUGGAAGGAGAGAAGACAAAGAGAAGAACAACAACAACAACAACAACUCUUUCACAAGUGGAAGAGGAAGAAUGGGAUAAAAAACGUCAGAGAGAAAAACAACAAGUUCCCCUUGAGGAGAUGGACUGAGGCGAAGGGAGGAGGAGGGACAGAGAGGACGAAACAUCUGGAUGGACAUGGGCCGAGAGCGCCUCACGCGUGGAUUUCUGCUGCGUUUGGGUGUUCUGCUCACCGCCGUGUGUGUGUGCGUCCAUGUGUACCUGGAGACCAGUUGGCGAGGAGCACCUGGUCCCCCCUCGGGACGUCUCACCCGGUCCGCUCAGCAGAGCAGGGGCCAAGUGAGCAGAACCAAACCUGGACCGGAGGAGCGGGACAGGAGCGUCAAAAGGAGAAUCUCUUAUGUUCGAACACUAAAGAAGGACAGCCGAGGGGAGCCCCCACCUGUCCUCCGCCCGCACAGGAAGACUCUUCGGUGGCACAUCGACUGGGAGCCCUGGGCCGGGGAGAGGCAUUCUCUGCAGGAGGAAGCCGAAAGGUUCCUCGACUACAUCACAACGCCUCAAGUGCCGUGUGCGUCGCUUGCUGGUGUGGAAGCUGCUCCUGAGGGAACCAAGGGAGCCUGGGCUGCAUGUCUGGACCCCAACUACAGCCUGACCCACAGAAUACGGAGCAAACACUGCCGGGUGUACUCUUUUGGGCUGGGUGAGGAUGACCGAUCCCUGGAGCGGUCUCUCGCGCAGGCCGGAUGUGAGGUGCACUGCUUCGAUCCCAGUCAGAAGCAGCCUCACCUGCAGCAGGCUGACAUGUGGCUGCACCGGCUCACCGUGGACUGGAGGGACCCCAACCCGGCCGUCGCCGCUCAGCGCCCGUACGCCAGCACCAAGAAACUGGCCACGAUCCUCAAUGACUUUGGACACAGAGAGGUGGAUGUGCUGAAGGCAGACAUGGAGAGCGCAGAAUGGAAGAUCUUGGAGAACCUGAUCCUGGAAGGAGUCCUGGACUCAGUGGGUCAGCUGUUGUUGGAGAUUCACCUUCACUGGGCGGGCUUUGAGGUGGGAGGUGAUGAUCCGACCGUGGUGCGCUACUGGUUCAGCCUGCUGAGGGAACUGGAGCGCGCAAACUUCCGCCUCUUCCACGUGGACAGCGACCCAGGCGCACCUCACCUCUUUCUGCACAAGAACGUGCUGAACGCCAGCAGCGCCUACACCCUGAGCUGGGUGAACACGGGCUGGAAGCCUUGAAGGAACCAAAGAAAACGCAUGUACACCUUCGCUAAAAAAGUUUGCAAUCAGAGCAGUUUUCUUUUUUUAAACGAUAGACUUCCCAAAUCUCGCCUGGCCUUUUUCUUUUGAUUUGUGCUCCUACUCAACCCCACCUGGCCUGCAAUGAGGUCAUCCGCGUGCAGGGGUGGAGAGCAGAGGCGUUUCUUUCUAUACCUCAGAGUGUCAGCGUUGUUGGCUGCAGGUCAGCUCCUUGAAUCACGUCCUUUGACAAUCUGUCCAGAUUACAAUGGUCUGAGCUCAUCAACUGAACUAAAGAAAAUUCAUACAGGAUUGAUUACAGGAGCAAGUAGAUCCUGCCAAAUUGAUAGUAAGUGGAUAUUUAGGGGGGGGAGAGGGGGAGA